AUGGCGAACAUUGUGUUUGAGAAAACAAGGUUGGAGACCGUUUGGAAGGAACGGCAAGAACUGCUGCAGGUAGAGGUUGCGAUGUCGCAGACUAAACUAGCCGCAUUAGCAAAGGAGGCAAAUAAUUUAGUGCAAACUAAUACGCCUAUUUCAGCAACAACACCUUCAGAGAUAGCUUUGAAACCGACAGAAGAAUGGCAGAAGAUGUUGGAGGAGCAUGACAACCAAAUUGCCCAACGUAAGUCUCAGAGAGGGACCCAUCCCCCCCCGUUUCGUGGAAUCUGCGGGGGGGUCUCCUCCUCCGAGGCAGCAGGGGGUGAUGCUUCCUUCAACAGGCUUCUGUGCCCAGCUGAAGAGAGAGCCCCUCUGGAAAGGCAUUUAGGCGUUCCAUCUCUACCCCUCUGUCCUCCGUGCUGCACCCACAUCCCAGUCAGUAUAUGUGAGGUCCAUUGUCCAGCAAUUUUGUUGAGUUCCUUCACGUUGAGAAUUGUAGUGACCAUCCGUUGCUUCUUGUGGAAGAGAUCGUGCUCUUGGAGUUCUUUUGUCUCCGAUAUUGGAUCCGAGAUGGCGCAACUGGCGACUUUUGCUGCUGGAUGUUUCUGGAGCGUGGAAUUGGCGUUUCAGCGCGUUCCUGGUGUUACCAAGACAUCGGUUGGUUACACUCAGGGGAAAACGGAGAAUCCUACAUACAGGGACGUCUGCAGCGGGAAGACUGGGCAUGUGGAAGCCGUGCAAAUGGAGUAUGAUCCUUCUCAGGUCUCUUACAAGCAGCUCCUCGAUGUCUUCUGGAAGAAACAUGAUCCCACUCAGAAGAACCGCCAGGGUAACGACGUAGGAUCACAGUACCGCUCGGGAAUCUAUUAUCACACGGAGGAGCAGAAAGUGGAGGCAAUUGCCUCAAUGAAGGAGGAAGAAGCUCGGUUGAAGAAGCAAAUUGCCACAGAGAUUCUUCCCGCAACAACUUAUUAUCUGGCGGAGGAGUAUCAUCAGCAGUAUCUGGAGAAGGGCGUAAGCGGGCGGAAACAAUCAGCUGCCAAGAUGUGCAAUGACCCCAUCCGCUGUUACGGUUAAAUGCAAUCCGUGUGCAUGUAUUGUAAGCUCAGGGUUUAUUUAUGUUUGGGAAUGGUUUUGUAGCCAGAGGAAUGGUGUCGCACUCUUGGAAGAGGGUUUCGUCAUUCUUCCUUUCCCUCGGUUGGGCUGCUACUUAGUCUUUGGAGCUCAGGCACUUGGCACAAUGAUACUUGUACUUUUAUGUUUCUGAUCACAAUCACUCUGUGAAUAUUACAUUCACUGCCACUUUUGUGUCUGUUUUAUUAUCA